AUGGCAUUAUCAAGGGUUGACAAUCUAGAGAAGUCUCUGUCGAGGAAAGACCCCAAGGUGAAGAAAGCUUACCAGCAAAUUAUCGACGACUAUGUUGCAAAAGAUUAUGUAAGAAUUGUGCCCAAGAAAGAAGAAAGACAGUGGUUUCUUCCUCACUUCCCCGUCAUCAGAGAAGAUAAAUCAACUACCAAGGUUCGCGUGGUGUUUGAUGCCGCCGCUCCACACGAGGGAAAGAGUCUCAACGAUACUAUUCUACCUGGACCGAAGUUACAGCGGGAGUUGUCCGAUGCGCUGAUACAAUUUCGUCGCGCCCCCGUAGCACUCUCAGCUGACAUUUCGGAAAUGUUUUUGCAAGUACGAUUGCGAGAAGAAGAUCGCCCCUUCCACCGAUUCCUAUGGCGAAGUUUCGACACCGCCAGAGAGCCUGACGUCUAUGAAUUUCAACGCUUUCCAUUCGGUAACACGUCAUCGCCAUUCUGUGCCCAACACGUUCUGCAGACACACGUCCAAGCUCACAAUACAGAAUAUCCGAAAGCUGCUGAGACAGUAGACAACUUAAUGUACGUAGACGACGUACUUGAUUUGUGUGAGACAACCCAAGAAGCCCAAGUGCUACAAUGUGAACUGUCUGAUGUCUUGCGCCGGGGAGGCUUUAGCCUAAGAAAAUGGUCAUCUAAUAGGCCUUCAGUACUGAAGAACGUUCCGUUCGAAGACAGAUCGGCGAGCCUUCAAAUUAAUGAUGAAAACCUUCCAGCACAGAAGACGUCAGGGGUAUUAUGGAAGACAAAAGAAGAUAUAUUUACAUUCAAAGUCGAAAUACCUGAGACCAAGGGAAGCCUGACAAAGAGAAACGUAUUGAGUGCCAUCGCCACCUUGUUUGAUCCCCUCCAGUUCCUCGCACCCUUUACAGUACGUGUAAAAGUCUUAAUGCAGGAGAUAUGGAUGGCUGGUAUCGGUUGGGAGGAUGUCUUACUUAUUCAACUCCAAAUGAAGUGGAAACAGUGGCAUUCGGAACUUCCGGAACUGUCGUAG